GUAAAAUCGUCGCCUACAUUUGUAAAAGUAGAUAAGCAAAUGUGGGAUGAAAUGGUGCAAGAUAAUUUAAGUGAUACAAAUAAGUCUCCUUCGAGCUCUGAUGCUUUUGCUGGAAUUAGUUCUAACAUAGUAGAAUACUUUCGAAAUGAGUAUUUUAAUAGAAACGAAGCAGAGAUUCUCAAACCUCUGUCCUCACCGAGCUGUUCCGAAGUCAGUACUGAAAUUGAGCCCUAUUUAGAUACAGAGGAGCUUGUUGAUGACACAUCGGAACAGAUAGGCAUGACUCAAAUGGAGGAGCGCACAGCAGAGUCCAAAAACGAUGUUCAAAGACAAAAAGAAGAGCAUUUGUAUAAAACUGCUUUUUACAGAGCGAAAGCUUUUUCUGUUUCUCCAGAAGCACGCUUCGUAUCACCUUCUCCAAGUCCACCUUUUGGUGCGUUUGAAUCUAGAUUGACAGAAAACAGCUUUCAGCUACCUUUCGAAAAUGUUAAUAUCACUUCACGUGGUUCAUCUGUUGCCACACCUAAAGAAGGAUCUCCCAUGUCGUCGCCAGUUUCACAGAAAUCGGCUUCAUCACAAAGGAUUCAAAAGCGUCUCCCUGGAAGAUCCUCCCCAUUGUCCUCCCAAGGCCCCGCUCCAAGAACAUCAGCAGGAUCGCUUCGGCGGUACCAAAAAUCUUCGACUCCUCGGUCACCGAGGACAAGACAAGCUGGUCCAUUCACUUCGGAUGAUGCUGUUUUUUCACGCUACUCUUCGAGGAAGAGGCCAUCAGCGCAGACACAAAAAGCCCAUCAAACGUCUCCGCCAACAGCAGCAGUCUUCAUUAAAAUGGCAUCUCCCCCUUCCAGCAUCGCCUCUCCUCCAUCGAAUGACACAUCAUUUACGACCAUGCUAGCGUCACCCCUUUUAUCACCGUCAAAGGAAGGACAGAUUCCGCUUCAUCCCUCACGCAGCUACAUUCAAAGAUUGCAAAAAGCUCUUGCAACAGCUGGUUCCGACAGCCAGGAAGACAGAAUUGCGAAACCUGCGUCCCCGGUUCCAAACGUGCCGGUGGAUGCCCUUCGGGACACAUGUUUUGGGGACGCCAGGUUUCCCAAGUAUUAUAUAGCCGAUAGAACAGGACUUCCUUCACCUACGGCACAGUUUUCCAAGCCAGCGUCUGGGCACCUCACUGGCUUGCACUUAUCACCACCUAAGGUUGAGACAUCCUCGAGACCAGACACGGCAGAAUUAUCUGCUGUUCCGAGAGUAAUCGCUGUAUUAGCUGAGAUAAAAACGGCCUUGGCUACCAAAGAGCAAACCGCUUCGAAAACGUGUGAUUCGACUUCUGUUCAUCGUUCUGGUUCUUCGAAGGUUUCACACAGACAGGCAUUACCAGCCUCACUGCAUGCGGAGCAAACUCAGAAAGUAACCCCUUACAAGAAAAGGAUGUCCUUGGCAGAGUUACUUGCUGCACAACGAAAGAACGCCAAAACCAUGGCUGCCUUUAAUAAACCCACUGAGUAUGAUAGGGGACACAUGCAAGCGCCAGGCACCACUCCUCAAGAAAUGAAAAGAACGGAGUCUCGCACCAGAAACACGCGGACAAAACAAUCGGUUUCCGAAGGGCUCAAAAACCUUCUGGCAGCUCAAAGAAAGAACGUAUUAAAGAAAAGACAUGGGUGCUCCGUAGAACGUCUCCCUAAGACCAAAGCACCGAAAGACAGGUUUCCAAAUAGAGCGAACCAGUCCCUGCCCCACGAGCAAGAGAUGACGCCAGUCAAGGAGGAGCUCGUGAAGCACGACAGGCUGCCUCCGACCUCCACCGUAACCAUUACACGGAAGACAGUCACAUAUACAGCAAAACCAGUGUUACCUACAUCGGAAUAUGCCUCUCCUCCAAGAAUUCUCUCCUGGCCUGUGGCCGUGUCUUCCUCUCUGCCCCAGCCUAUCCCCAUUCCGUCCAGAGAAUCUGUAGCAACUGAAUCUGAGAAAACUUUUGCUAAAGCUUCUUCAGAACCUACAAAACCUUUACGUUCCAGAAUCUUCUCAGACCCUUCUUCGAAAACGUCGCUUACUUUAGUGGAGCGAAAGCAGACUAUCCAGGAUUCUCAUCAGACCUCCACAAUUCCAAGUGCCUUUUCGUCCUUCCGCGCAUUUACUGCAGGAUCUACUCCAAUUGGAGAACCACGUCACCCAGUCCAGGACAGUCACUCAGUAACCAAAAGCCGAAAUAAAUCAGUGUUAAGCCACCAGUUGUCCCCAUCUGUUGGACUGGAAAUCAUUGGCACACACCGAGACAACCAGCUCGACCAAAUUUCACAAACGAAGAUGACUAGUGAUUCAACCCAUAGAAGUUCAGGUGUUCAAAGAUCGUUUGAGCACAACGAAAGUGCUGAGGAACUUAAAGACUUAAUACCGAUGGAAGGAAGAGAGACUGAUCGUUCAUUUAUCGCUAAGAAUACAAAUGAAGAUACCUCAAAUGUCUUUUCAGUAUUCACAAACAAGAGUCAAGAGAGACCGAUUUCUCCCAAGACUUCAAGUAAGUUACGCAAUUCACCAAAAUCACCUCUCAGACGACGAAUGGUGGACAUUGUGGAGAGACAGAGACUUUUGGAGGAAAGAAGAAAGCGUAACAAAUCUUUGGGAUGUUCUUUUGACAGCCUAGAGAGGACCAGUCCAUCGGUGAACCAAAGUCCCAUUGAGAGGUCACUUGCUGAUCACCCUGGGAAUAUCGUGGGCAUUCCAAAUAAACCAAUAAGCAGGAAACCUCAAAGCCGUAGGUCACCUGGUUACAGCCCUGGACGCAAUGUGGAUUAUCCUAAUUCAGAUGCCAAUAGAGGAUUCUCCAAGAAGAGCUCGCCUGGCGAUUGCCCUGGGAAUAUUUUGGCUUAUCCUGAAUUCCUAGUAAACCCUCUACCACUGAAUCAACAGUUACAGUCUGUAAGACAUACACAGGGUUUAGUAGGAGAUUCUUCAGAAAGCCUUUUCUUUAGCAAACUUCGAGCUUCUUCCUUUCAACCUUUUAUGGAACACAUCCCAGAUCUCGGUCAGCAGAAACAGAUAAAGCAUGUAGCCUGCAAUGAGGAUAAUAGUGAACUUCGAGGCAUGCUGGAAUAUAGGUCAAAGUAUCCAAAUGAUAGUGCUAGUAUUUUUGAACAUUACAAGGAGACCCAAAACGUGAAUAUCAAUAGGACCUCCUCAGGAAGCUGUCAGCACGAUAACUGGACUGUAGACACCAAUUCUUCAUGUGCAGACUUCUACUACUGUAAGUAUAUCCAGUAAGCACAAGAUGAGACGAGAAUUGCAUAGAGUGAACU